AUGAGCCAAGCACAAGACCCAGAAGUCAAGCCGGAUGGCCUAGUGGAGAGUGUAACCCGAUGCAGCGAGGACGAACAUGCUGAAAAGAAACAACAAAGUGCCGAGACGACAGACAUAAUCACCCAUAUAAACGAUAAACCCAUAAUCGUGAUGGACGAACCGACGGAAGCAGCAGCAUGCGGAGACUCAGACCCAUCAGCACCAGAAGCACAAAAGGAGGCUACCCCAACAACAGCAAGAGAACCAGAAGAACAGCCACACUCAGCCUUCAGCAAGCACGAAAAGCGUUUCAUAGUGUUGAUGGUCACACUGGCCUCAUUCUUUUCCCCGCUAUCAGGACAGAUCUACUAUCCGGUGAUGCCGACGCUGGUAGAAAACUACGACCUUACCACUGCACUGGUUAACCUCACCAUCACGACGUACAUGAUCUUGCAGGGCCUGGCGCCCAGUUUCAUAGGCACGUUUUCCGACUCCGGCGGGCGGCGCCCGGCAUAUAUCCUCGCGUUCACUGUGUAUACGGCGGCGAACAUCGGGCUCGCGCUGCAGAAUAGCUUCGCGGCGCUGCUGGUGCUGCGCUGUGUGCAGAGCGCCGGCAGUAGCGGGACUGUGUCCUUCGGAUAUGGCGUUAUCGCUGACAUUGCCACUCCUGCUGAGCGCGGCAAAUACAUUGGUCCCAUGGCGGCAGGGGUUAUGGUUGCUCCUGCACUGGGGCCUGUGAUCGGUGGGCUGCUGGCGAAAUUUUUGGGGUGGCGCAGUGUCUUCUGGUUCCUGGUUAUCAUCAGCGGAGGGUAUCUGGUUCUCUUUAUAGUGACCAUGCCAGAGACCGCGCGCAAGAUUGUUGGGAAUGGCAGCGUUCUGCCGCGAGAGUGGUGGCGCAUGUCGUUGCUUCAGUACUGGGCUGCGCGACGACAAAACGAGAACGGUGAUGACAAGGGCGAUGAAGAGCGAGUUGAAACCCAGGGCUCCGACGCGCAGCAGCAUAACCGGUCCACUCGAAUCUCGUUCCCGAACCCAAUGAACUCAUUCGCCAUCCUGCUGGAGAAAGAUGCCAUCAUCAUCAUCUGGUACAUUGGGCUAGUCAUGUUCUCCAACAUUGCACUAUUAACAUCUGUACCGAACUUGUUCGGCAGAUUAUAUGGAUUCAACGAGCUGCAGAUCGGCCUAUGCUUCAUCCCCUUAGGAAUCAGCGCCUGCAUCGGCGCCAUCCUAAACGGCAAGCUAGUCGAUUACAACUACCGCCGGGUAGCGCGCAAGCUCAACUUCGCAGUAGACCGGAAAAAAGGCGACGACCUACGCGCAUUCCCGAUUGAGCGCACGCGGCUGCAAACCGUCUUCCCGCUGAUGGCACUCGGGAUUGCGGCCUUCUUGCCAUACGGCUGGGUGCUGGAGCAGCGAGCUCCAUUAGCGGCACUGCUGGUUCUGCAGUUCAUCAUUGGGCUGUGUUUCAUUUCUGCGCUGAAUACGCUCAACACGUUGCUGGUGGAUCUCUUCUCGGACAGGGCAUCUACGGCGGCGGCAGCAUGCAAUCUGGUGCGGUGCUGGCUUGGAGCUGUCGGUGCGGCGGUGAUUGACCAGAUGUUGGUGGGGAUGGGCUGGGGGUGGUGUUUUGGGUUUUUGGGGCUGUUGAUGGCAGCGGCUUUGGUGCUGCUUUGGUUAGAGAAUGCGCGUGGGAUGCAGUGGCGGGAGGAGAGGCUGGUUAGGAUUGAGACGAAGAAGAAUCAGAGGGAUGGGAUUGUGCAAGUGUAG